GUGGUGAUCGUGGUGGUGGUGAUGAUGAUGGUGGUGAUGGUGGUGGUGACCUGCGCCUCCUUGUGCACGCAGGCGACUGGAGUUUGGACGACGAAGAGGAGAUUUCCGACGGAGCAGACCAAACGUUGGACGAGCCACAUUGUGAAGAUCCAGAUUUUGUGAUGGAUGCAGAUUACGUACCGGGCGGACAUGGGGGACAGAAUUUAGACACCGAAGGCACGGGGACACGCAGACGCAAAGACAAGCGGCGGAAAUACGCGGAGCUCCCAGCAGAUGAUUCAGAGCUGCACUUUGAGUCUCUGGUGGGGGACCUGCCGUGCCGUUUCCGGUACCGAGAAGUCAUCGCCAACGACUUCGGACUCUCCACAGACGAGAUCCUCAUGGCGGAGGAUCGGGAGCUCAACCAGUGGAGCUCACUCAAAAAGACCUGCAUGUACCGCUCGGAGGAGGAAGAGCUCCGGGAUUUGAGGUUGGCCCGUAAGCGCGCUCACGACUGGCGGAGAAAGCAGAGAAUCCUCAAGUCCCUCACGCAGAGCACUUGCCCCAACAUUCUGCUAGUGGGGGAGCCGAUCGCCGUGGAGCUGACCCCGAGUCCGAGCGCCGACGACAUCACGCGGCUGCACGAGCGGUACCUGGAGCGGCUCACGGCGCUCUUCGAGAAGCACAAGGAGACCUACGGCGUGCCUGCUGACAAGCAGCUCACUUUCUUCUGA